AAGGAAACAAGAGGAGAGGACGACGGAGAGGAACGAAGAAAAAGCCGGAAGAAAUCCAGAGACUGGCUGGCAUGAUGGCCAGUGUGUCAUCGUAGUAGACGGUUAAAGGGAGGACACCCGCUCAAGUCCGGUAAAGCCAAAGCCCAAAAGAAGCUGCUGCUGCUGCUUUGUGCUCUCUCCCUUCCACUGCUUUUCGCUGCCUCUUUGGCUCUUUGCCAUCCAUCUUUUCUCAACCUUCGGCUUUGGGGGAAAGAAAUGAUGCGAGGUUCCUGUCAUGCCCGCCUAGAUAGAUAAUGCUGCACCUGCUCAUCUUUUCCUUUUGAAAUCUUUCGUGUUGGCUGCGGUUGAGCUGUGGUGGGGGACGGAGGUGGGUGUCCGUGUUCCUCCUGGUGAUUUGCUCGGUGCGACGGUGCAGCUCUCGAAGGCGAUUCCGCUCUGGUUUUGCCUGAGGGCGGAUGGGUUCUAGCCUUCUAGGGGAUUGCUGAUUUGGUCAGCUUGCUGCGAGAUUGGGGGCCUUUGCGCGUGGUCGGAACUCGUAACGGACGAGUGAGGGAGGAUUGUGCUGGAGAGGUACACGAACUAGUGCUGGUUUUUGUAGCUACCAUCAGAGAAUUCACAGGUCAUAAGCAGCUCACGGUGACAUGGCUGAAUUCAAGGUUGGAAGCCUAGAUGCUCGAGCGACGAAACUCAGAAAUGUCCCAAUUGCUGUUACUCCAGAAGGGUUCUGGUGCUGCCCAUCUCAGACUGUGCUCCAGAAGACAAUGAAGAAUCAAAGCCAGCAGGCAAAGCCUAAAGUGGGUGCAUCCCCUCCUGCAUCAAAGGCCUCCUCGGUCCAGAGGGUGCCGACUAUCUCAUCGGAGAGAAGAAAUCAUUCAACUUCAACAAGGUCUAGAACCAAUUCAGACGAACAAAGAUGCUUGUCGGCAGACAAUGUCACCUCCAAUCCACCAAAGGUAGUGAGCGACAGAUCACAGAAGCAACACAAGAUAUCUGUUGGUUUUGGUCAGAUUGAGAUGAGUGACUUGAGAGUUGUGUUGCAUGGCAAGGAUGGGGUUGCUGUCAAGAUGAGUGUUCACAAGAACAUCCUUGCUGAAAAUAGCACCCUCUUUGCUGAUAAGCUAUCAAGCCAAUCUCCAAUGUCUAGUAUAGAGGUGUCUGAUUGUGAGGAUGUGGAGAUUUAUGUGGAGACUGUUGGAUUGAUGUACUGUAGUGAUGUCAGGCAGAGGUUGAUCAAACAAAGUGUGCCAUGCGUUCUUCGAAUCUUGAAGGUAGCAGAAUUACUAGGUUUCCGAGCAUGUGUCCUGUCAUGCUUGGAUUACUUGGAAGCGGUCCCUUGGGCUGGGGAAGAAGAGGAUAAUGUGGUCUCAUCUGUUCGGCAUCUUCAGAGUGAGAAUUAUGGUGUUACCCCAGUAUUGAAGAGGGUAUGUUCUGACCUAACCACCAGCCCACCAAAUGACACAUUUGCGCUUAUCAUAGAAUUAGUUUUGAAAAGCAGUGAUGAUAGAGGGAGACGCGAGAUGAAGUCCUUGGUGCUCAAGCUUCUCAAGGAGAACAGCAGCUGUGCCAGUAGUUCUGCUGACUUAUGUGUUGAAACUCUCUAUGCAUCUUGUCGGAACUGUCUGGAGUCCUUGUUGACCUUGUUUAGACAAGCAUCUGACAAUGAUUUUUCUGAGAAAUCUUUGGAACUUACAGAACCAGUUUUUAGGAAAAUUGCUUUAGAAGCGGAUAAUCUCCUAUGGUUAACUGAGAUUUUAGCAGACAGGAACUCUGCAGACGAAUUCGCAGUCAUGUGGUCCAACCAAUGUGAGCUGGCCGGCCUUCACUCCAACUUACCAACCAAGUCGCGACAUCUUGUCAGCUGCGUCACAACACGGCUCUUUGUGGCAAUAGGGAAAGGCGAGAUGCUCCCUUCAAAGGACACACGGAAACUCCUCUUGGAUGUCUGGUUGCAGCCUCUCAUGGAUGACUACAACUGGUUGCAGCAUGGUUGUCGGUCAUUUGACCGGAAAGUCGCCGAGGAAGGGAUCGGGUCGACUAUCUUGACGCUCCCGCUGGAGGAUCAGCAGGCAAUACUGCUCUCGUGGCUCGGGAGCUUCUUGAAGGUUGGAAACAGCUGCCCCAAUCUGCAGAAGGCCUUUGAGGUGUGGUGGAGGAGGACUUUCGUGCGUCCUUACGUCGAACAGAAAAGGAACCAAUUGCAAUUGGGUCAGAGUUGAGACCUCAAGUGGUUGGUUGCACAAGACGAUCGUUGUGUUUUCUUACAUAGAAUAUCGCGAAGUAAUAGUGGUAAUGUCUUAUAUUGUAGCUUGUUCCCCAGGAAGAGAAAACAGAGUGGGGAUUUAGAUUAGUACCUUUGACUACCGAGGCUUGAAAAUGUGCAUUUUGUGUGCUUGCGAUGCUUCACAGAUAUGUGAAGCUAUCUGAAUUCUGGGUACAGAAUUUCUUGUCUGAUUUGCUACUUAUCAUGAGACAUCAGUUUGUUGCACUGUGUUCAUUAGAGCAUCAUGCAGUAGUAGUAUUGUAAAUAUUCUACUAAGAUGUCUUGUAUGAAGUUUGGGAGAGAGUGUUUGAAUCUUGCUCAGACUGUCUCCUAUUCUACUGAGAUGCAAUGUAUGAAUGCACAAUGCAUUGUGCAGUAGUUAGCA